AUGGGCGACCUACAAUUCGCAAAACAGUUCCUCACAUCGCUGGACAACAAACCGUCGAAAUACCAGCCCGACCAUGUCUUCGACCCAAAGACCUUUCAAAUGAGAGUACCUUAUGUCCUCCCCAAACUCUCAACACCACCACACCCGCCGCCACCCAGAUCAACGGCCACCACCGGUCCCGCACCUGGUGCCGAACCUGCCACACCGACGGUCACCCUGGUCCUCAAGUCCGCACGAAAUCCUAACAUGACACUCACGCUUCCUUCAAUAGAACCGACGAGCACAACCUUGCAGGCGAUCAAAGAACAGAUCCAGUCCUAUCUCGGUGGACCCAGCGUUGUAGCCAUAGAAAAGAUCAAACUACUAUGGAACAAGAAACCCAUCCCGGCGAGCAAGGGGACCAUACGGGAAGCACUUGAUGGGAGCGAUCUCGUUGCGAAAGGCGGCGAGGUAGAGAUCGGAGUGAUGGUCAUGGGUGGGGCGCCUGAUCCGCCUCCCCAAGCACAACCUCCGGCACAGGAGGCCGGUAAAGGUACUGUCACGACGAAUGCGGCCCCGGCUACAGACAAGACGGCAGGUGGUGAACCGACGCCGAUGGAAGGCAUCGAGAGCACGAAGGAACCGGUUCAGCCGGGAGAAAUCAGUGGCGAGGAUGUAUUGGAGAUGAGUGAAUUCUGGACCGAUCUCCAGGGAUUCCUGGAGCAGAGGAUACGGAGUUCUGACGAGGCCGCGAAGUUAAGGACAGUUUUUGAACGAGCUUGGAGGAGCUCAAGGGCAGCUCCUUGA